AAAAUUUGAGGUUGGAAUAGGUGUCAUUCAGCAGUGACCAUCAUCAGCUGACCGGUCACACCCGCCGUGUGCUCUUUGUCGUUAUCGGGAAAAAUGGAAAAGUCCGUAUACAACUAGGUGAUUACCUAUUGUCUAACCAUUAGUAUUAGUACGUCACUCAGCUUGCGAUCCAGUGGAAGAUUGUAUUUGCUGACAAAGUCGUUGCAUCGACCAGAGAACUUACGAAAAGAUGACUUCAAACGAGACUUUUGAUAGUCCUGUUUUAUCAACUUGUUUGUCAGUAGCCUGCCCCUGUUCAUACAAAGAGCAUACCCUUGCGUAUCGAAUUAAAGAAACAAAAACAACAUAUGCAGGUGUUGAAGGUAUAAAUGUCACUUAAGUAAGAAAAGCUGACUAUAGAAAAAUUGUCAGUAGCUUGCCUAGCCUUAUAAAAAGUUCAUACGAAGAGCAUGCCCUUCCGUAUCAAAUUAACUGAGAAACAAAAACACCAUAUGAAGCUGUUAAAGAUAUAUUGUCACAUAAGUAAGAAAAGUUAACUAUAGAAAAGAAAAAUUGAAGUAUCGACCAGAGAACUUACGAAAAGAUUACUUCGAACGAGACUGUUGAUAGUCCUGUUUAUCAACUUGUUUUCAGUAGCUUGCCCCGCUUUUUAAACUGUUCAUACAAAGAGCAUGACCUUGCGUAUCGAAUUACAUCUUCGCUAGCCAAGGGUUUUCGGUCCACUUUGCUCCCCAUAAACCCUUGGCGGAUUUCAUUACGAAAACUCGGUGAUGCGGUCACGUCAUCUAGCGAACAACUAGAGUUGCGCCCCUUACACCUUCCUAUUAUUCAUCCAAUGAGAUAACAGGUUACAUAUACGUUACGGCAAGAGCAAAACAAACAGUGAAAACAUGUUGACCGAUAAAUCUCGAAAAAGAAUUGACGACGUCUUUAAAGUCGAAUUACGAGAAAAUCAAGAGAAAGCAAUUAAUGCUGUAUUAUGCGAUCGAGAUGUGUUUGUUGGUACCCGUACUGGUAGCGGAAAGUCAAUGAUUUACGAAUGCAUUCCAGUAAUAAAACCAGGUAUCGUCGUCAUCGUGGCACCUCUCCUGUCUAUAAUGAAAGAACAAGUUGAGAAAUUAAAUAAAUUUGGACUUUCAGCCACUUACAUUGGGAAGAAUAGUGAGGAGAUCGAACGAAUAGAGACUGGGCAGUAUGAAUUUGUAUUUGGAAGCCCCGAGAGACUGGUUGGCGAGAGUCGGUGGAGGGAGAUGUUGAAAUCGUCGGAGUAUAGGAGGCGGCUUCAAUUGCUAGUCGUAGAUGAGGCUCAUACAGUCACGCUUUGGGGAGAGGGAAGAAUGAAUGAAGAUCCUUUCAGGGAAUGGUUUUCAAAAAUUCAGGAAUUACGAUCUUUGUGCCCAAAUGUCCCUGUUCUUGCCCUUUCUGCAACUGCUGGACCAACUCAGAGGAGGAAAAUUUUGAAAUACCUCUGCUUUCGACCAGGUUAUGAACUUGUUUUCGAUUCACCUGAUAGAAGGAACAUUAAGAUUACUGUGAAAUCUAUUAAAAACAAUGACAAUGUUAAAAAAGUGUUUGGUUGGCUAAUUAAUGUUUUGAGACACCACAGAGAACAAUUACCAAGGCAUAUGGUUUUUUGUUAUAGUAUCAAUGAUGUAACUAAAAUUUAUUUUGCCUUUAUCAAAACAUGCAAACAAUACAGACAAAACUUAUGCAGGUAUUGAAGGUAUGAUGUCACUUAAGUAAGAAAAGUUGACUACAGAAAACUUGAAAUCAUCACGUUUUUAAUAAAGUUUCAUUGUUAGGGUACCAUCAAUGUCCGUUUUCCAGUAAAAUAUUAAGAUAUGAAACAGAUGACGCAGACUCUGGGGUAUCUUUGUCUCCAUGUUCACUGGAAUAUAUCGAGCCGACGUAGGUAUGGAAGUAACAUUUGAUAAUUGAUAAUACGUCGUCAAUAUACUUUAAUGUUGAGUUGAAGGCCAAAGCGAGUGAUUUAUUUUUUUACGUAAAGGUUUUUGAAUACUUUCUGUUUCAUAUGAAUACAAGAAUAGAUAUGCUAACAACAGGGCACAAUUGGUACCCAUGGGAAUUCCAACAGAUUGUUGUAAGACUAGAUUUCCAAAAUCUACAAAGAUGUUGUCUAUUACAAACUCAAAUAUCAUUUCAAUAUCAAAUUCGGAGUACUUGUAUGCACAAUUCGAAUGACUUUGAUCAAAAUAGUUUUGGAAAUGACCAAUGACAAGGUAAGUAAAUUUACGUGAUUCAUUUUUAUAAAAAAAAAAAACAACCAAAAACGCAGCUAUCAAUUAUGUCAAAAAGACAACACUUUAAUUCAUCGUGAGGGAUGGUUGUAUAAAAUGUAGAAAAGUUGUAAGUUUUGACGCUAUUGAAUUUGGUAAAAUUUGGGAUUUCAAGUUUUCUAAAAGUUCCUUGAAAUUCUUUAAAAGUAUCCACAUCUGAUUUAUACUGCCUCUUGAAUAUACUUUUGCACAGUAUUCUUGAGAUUUCCCCUUUGCUGCUGUUAACAUUUUGGAAAGGAGUAAAAAAAAGAAGCUUUGUAGAACAUUUACUGAAACCCAUUAUAUCUUUGCUUUUAAGGAUUUUUAUGAAGUUUAAACAUUAAAGAGAGGAAGGUAAUUCAAAGUGAUUUUUUAGCUGUUGAGAAUAGUGAAAAUGUUCAAAACUGUCAUAUUUUUUUUCUUUCUUGGAAAGAGAGCUAUGAGUAUAAGUUGUAUUUCCACUUGCGGAAUUAAGCCAAGAUCAUCAAAUAUACAAAGUAUAAAAUUAGCCUUACAAACAAAGACAAUGCUGUCUUGUCAGCAGGGAAUAGUACAAACUGAUCGUGUUAUCUAUCUAUUUCUUUUUUCAUUCUAAACUAGCAAAUAUAGAAAAAUAGAAGGUUUCAACUUUUGUCGAAAUUCAUGCGUCAAUACGCCUUCUCCAUACCCGAUCUAAUUGAGACAUAAAAGAUGUUUUAACAAGCUGACCUUGAAAUUGAUUUAAAACAAAACUAUUAAAAAUCCGGACAACUGCAGUCAGCUAUUAAUCAACGUAAUGAAAAUAUGACCGUUUUGUGUCGAUUGCGUUCUCUUUUUGAAAACAUAGACCGCUUACUUUUCCUGUAUAAACAUCAUUGCGUUGUAAGAUGAAAUUAAUCCGAAUUUUAAUAUUAAUUUCUGAAAGUCCAUGAACAUCCAAAAUGAAAUUCUCACUUAGAUCGAUAUCAGCACAAUAUGGGUAGAUAAAUACACAAAGGGAAAUAAUUUAGCCUACAAGUAGAGCUAUAUCA